AUGCUUUUGUACAGUGAUAGCACCUUUAUUCUAGACAUACGGGAGUUUCCAGAUCACAAUGAAAGUAGUAAGCGAGAGUUGCUCAUCUAA